GUUCUUCUCACGACGUGCUGCCCUUCGCCCACAGCCAUGUGCCGGACCCUGUCUACCUUCCCCACCACCUGCUUGGAGAGAGCAAAGGAGUUCAAGACACGUCUGGGGAUCUUGCUUCACAAAUCCGAGUUGGGCUCCAAUACUGGGAAUGCUGGCAAAUUGGAGUGGGGCAGUAAACACAGCAAAGAGAGCAAAAACUUCUCUGAAGAUGUGCUUGGGUGGAAAGAGUCUUUCGACUUGCUGCUGAGCAGUAAAAAUGGAGUGGCUGCCUUCCAUACAUUCCUGAAGACGGAGUUCAGCGAGGAGAACCUGGAGUUCUGGCUGGCCUGUGAGGAGUUCAAGAAGAUCCGUUCGGCUACCAAGCUGGCUUCCAGGGCUCACAGGAUCUUUGAGGAGUUCAUUUGCAGUGAAGCUCCUAAAGAGGUGAACAUAGACCAUGAAACCAGGGAGCUCACAAGAACAAACCUGCAGGCUGCCACAGCCACAUGCUUUGAUUUGGCUCAGGGGAAGACUCGUAUCCUGAUGGAGAAGGAUUCCUACCCACGCUUCCUCAAGUCCCCUGCUUACCGGGACCUGGCCGCCCAAGCCACAGCCUCCUCAGCCUCCCCGUGCAACUGCAGCCUGGCAGAACCUUUAUGCACCUGAGCCUCCAUGGCAGCGAGGAAGCCAGCCGGGAAGAGAGGUGAACUCACCUGUCCCUGAGACUGCAGGCCCUAGGUGGGAGGUCGGUUCUGCAAAGCAAAUGCCAGAGG